CAAGGAUUGAACGGCGCGCGACUGGUCACGUGACAGGGGUCUGCUGCUGGCUGAGUGAAGCGUGUUUGCAGAUUUUCUAUUUUGUACAUACAUUGUUUUGUAUAUACUGUAUAUGAUGACUUCAUUGGUCAGCGAUCGAACCCGGGGCUCCCGGGACAAAGCACUGCCUGCAACCACACAGUCAACACAGCCACAGAAACAGAUACAGGCUACCGCAGAACAGAUUCGGCUUGCCCAAGUUAUCUAUGACAAGAAUGAUGCAGAUUUUGAGGACAAAGUCAAACAGCUGAUGGAGGUGACGGGAAAAAACCAGGAUGAGUGCAUGGUUGCCCUUCACGACUGCAACGAGGACGUCAACAGAGCCAUCAACUUCCUCCUGGAGGACAGCUCAGACACGAACUCAUGGGAGACGGUGGGGAAGAAGCGAGGCCUGGUGAAGGAGGGAUCAGAGAACAAGGAGAACCGGGAGAAGAGGGGCGAGAGGGAGGCCAGCCGGGGCCGUGGGGGGCCAACCAAAAGGGGCCGGGGAGCCACCCGCGUCCGCGAUGUGCGGUCGGAGGAGAACGGUGUUGACCCCGGUCCAGGAGACAGGGGAGUGGACCGCAGAGGGAGGGGAAGAGGCCGAGGGAUGGGAGUUCGAGGGAGGGGGAGAGGAGCUGGUGGGAGCCGGUUUUCCUCCCAGGGAAUGGGGACCUUCAACCCCGCUGACUACACUGCCAGCGCAGGGGCGGAGGGCACUCGCACAGACACCUGGGAGUCGGGGGCAAACGACGGCGUCGAUGGAACAGGUGCCUGGAGAAACUCCCUGGAUGACUGGGCCACAGAUGACUGGAAUGAAGACAGUGAUGCUGUGACUGUCUCCCCGCAGCUGUCUGAGACCAAAGUGUUCAUCGCCUCCUCUGCUCCUGCGGCUGAGAACCAUGUCGCACCUGGGCAAAGUCUGGACCUGGCGUCUCUGCUGCACAAGCCCGCGAGCGUGGAGGAGGCGGGGGAGAUGGAGCCCCCCUCCCCCGAGGGUCUGGGCCACAGCCUGGUGUUCACCAACUCCCAGCACAACUCCAGAACCUCUGCCACCAGCUACGCCCACGCCGCCCUGUCCUCAGUGCUGGGUUCUGGCUUUGGGAACCUGGGCGGCUCCAAGCCGGGCCAGCAGUCGGCUGGAGCUCAGGUAAUGGAGCAGCUGAAGGGGCCCGGUCUGGGGCCUCGGCCCACGCCACAGCCCGUCGCCGGGGGCAACAGUAGUAGCACCGCAGGGGUGUCGGUGACUCCGGCAGCAUCGGUGGCUCCGGGGGUCUCGGUGACCUCGAGCUCUGUCUCCACGUCCUCCUGGGACAUCAAGCCUCCGGUGACUCAGACGACCACCGCGGCCUCCUCCCAGUUCAGUCGGGAAUUUAAGUCUCAGCCGGAGCCAUCCCUGGUCCUCAGCCAGCUCGCCCAGAGGCAGCAGAACUCCCUGUCCCAACCAGGCCACCUGCCCCAGGUCCGACCUGCAAGCCCCGCCGCCCGCCCCGCCCCCUCACCCCCGGGUCUUGAGCCCUUCCCCAAACCCCACGACGCCUCCCUGCCCCAAGACGACCCCUCUCCUGGGGCCAAGGCAAUGACAGGGGACUCCCAGGGCAGUGGCAGCGGCCAGCAGAGGCAGAUGAAGACACAGAAACGCAGGAUAACCCCCACUUCCAAGAUUCCGUCCUCUGCAGUGGAGAUGCCCGGCUCGGCGGACGUCUCUGGGCUCAACGUGCAGUUUGGGGCCCUGGACUUUGGUUCCGAGGCAGCCCUGCCUGACUUUGGCCAGCCGGAGAACAACAGCACCAGAGAAGCGGUUCCUGGAGCACAGACACAGAGCACCCUCUACCCCAUACCCAUCAGUGAGCCGCUGGGAAGCGCGCUGUCUCUGCCGCUGCCUUCAUCCCUGGCCCCGCCCAGCUGUGCCACGCCCCCUGCCUCUUCGUCAUCUUCGUCCUCAUCCUCUGGGAGCAGCUUGGAGACGAGCGCACCCUCACACUCGCACCUCGCCUUCCCCCAGAGCCAGGACCCCCCCGCGGCUCCGGUCACUAAUGGCUUCAAUGGUGUAAGGAACCCCACUCCACUGGACACUACAUCAGCCUCCUCCACUCCAAAGCCAGAGUCGCCAUCUUUGAGCAGCGGCGGUAGCUCUGCCCAGGCACCCUCCGCCCUGCUGCCCCCCUCCGUGCCCCCCCACAGCGCCGCCCUGCCCAGCCUGACCUCAGAGCUGCCCCCCGCCUCCCUGCCCGCCCUCAGCAGUCAUGUGAACAGCACACAGUCCUCGGGCUCGACCCUCUCCUCCAGUUCCUCUCUCACACACACCAUUGUGGACAGUACGAGCUCCCACAGCACCUCCUCUGUCCCUGCCUUCUCCUCGGCUACCGCCCCCCUCAGCAGCAACGGGACCGCGAGCGGUAGCAGCGCGGUCAGCGUGACCAGCAGCACGCACGGGACUGGGGCCCUGGGCCUGACCGGAAACGGGACGACCGUUCCCUCUGUCUGCCGAACCGCGCCGCUGCCGUCGUCGUCAUCGGGUAAAGCGCCCCCUAACCUGGCCCAGGGGGUGCCCCCUCUGCUGCCCAACCAGUACAUCAUGGGCCCAGGCGGGCUGCUCCCUGCGUACCCGCAGAUCUACGGCUACGAGGACCUCCAGAUGUUGCAGUCGCGGCUGCCGAUGGAUUACUACGGAAUCACAUUCCCAGGCCCGACGGCGACGCUGGCAGGCAGAGACGGCAGUCUCGCCAACACCCCUUACUCAGGUGAAGUGACGAAAUUCGGCAGGGCGGACUCGGCCUCCCCGGCCCCGCCCACCAGCUUGUCGGCGGCCCCGCCCCCGCAGGCCCCGCAGCCCCCGCAGAGCCAGGCGCAGAGCCAGGCGGCGCAGCAGCAGCAGAGCGGCCACGGCGCCCAGCAGGCCUUCCUCAACCCCGCGCUGCCGCCCGGCUACGGCUACACCGGCCUGCCCUACUACCCCGGCGUGCCGGGCGUGCCCAGCGCCUUCCAGUACGGCCCCACCAUGUUCGUGCCGCCCGCCUCCGCCAAGCAGCACGGCGUCGGCCUCGGCAACCCCUCCACCCAGUUCCAGCAGCAGCCCGCCUCGUACGGACAGCACACCUACGCCUCAGGGUUUGAUGAUCUGACACAGGGCCCAGCUGGAGGAGACUACAGCAAAGGGGGCUACAGCAGCUCCUCCCAAGCACAGGCCAAGGCUGCUGCUGGCCCGGGCAAAGGUAUCUCUGUGACCUCCGGCAAUGCCGGGGUACCGGAUAUGACUACUUCUGUUUACAACAAGACCCAGUCCUUCGAUAAGCAGGGAUUCCACACCGGGACGCCCCCGCCCUUCAGCCUGCCCUCGGCGCUGGGGGGCACAGGACCCCUGAACCCCGGGGGAGCCCCUGGAUACGCCCCCGCUCCCUUCCUCCACAUCCUGCCUGCCCAUCAGCAGCCACACUCCCAGCUGCUGCACCACCACCUCACACAGGACGGCCAGGGCGGCCCAAGCCAGCGCAGCCAGUCCAGCGGCAUGCAGCAGAAGACCCAGGCCACAAAGUCAAGCUACGGUAGCUCCCCCUACUGGGGCAACUGAGUGGGGUGAUGGGGGGGUGUGGGGGGUCCACCCCACCCCCCUACCUGCCCUCCUACCUCUGUGCACCCCAGCUGAGGGCGUGCACGUGUAAUGACUGGUCAGACCCCUCUCUGGUGUAAAGCUAAAGAGAGACACACACUACCGACACCCCCU